GUCAGCUGAACAACGACAAAGACCUCAACUUCCCUUUUAAUUCGGCUUUAUCUUCAUUUACCAUCAUUUUUCGCACAUCUCGACGACUUUCCAGACAACCAUGGAAUUUAACAAUCUCACGCUCAAGCCUGACUGUCCAAAUAACCAUCCGUCUUUUGCUUUUGAUGAUGUAUACCGUACCUACAAAGACGAUCAAAACCCCGAAGCCCUCUUCGGAAAGGCGUUACGCUACCUUUCUUCCUUGAGAGUGAAUCACGCAUCGGCGCAACAGGAGAUCAUCCGCGGCGAGAUCAUGGAGUCACUUUUCCACACAAUUUACGGCAGCAAUCGUAUCGAACAAGCAGGUCUAGGUUGGGAUGUCACACGGUAUCUCUGUUAUAAGACCCUACAUGAGCCCGACUCCAUACUCGAAGUCAAUGAGGAUGAUUCAGCCUUCGAUGAGAAGGUUAGUGACCUAUAUACUGCGGAUCCCACUUUACGAGGAAAGUCAACAAGUUAUAUUGUUCGCGGCCGUCGCGAAGUUAUCCAGCACGUGAGAGCCUUCAAAUACAUAAUGGACAGAUUCUGGGUUCAUGGGGAUGACCUAAUGGAGGAUGCCAUUAAGAAAACGCAUGAGAUUCUUUGCAAAGGGGUUCCAAUCAUCGAUCCGGGUGCCGAAUAUCCGGACGUCCCUUACGAGAAAUACGCAGGACAAUAUCGAGAUGUUCCUGUCGGCGCCGGAAAUACGAUGUUCGUGGUGCCGCAAUACGUGCCUGCAAAAAUGGCCGAGAUGUGCGCGAAUCUCAAAAAGCAUAUCGGCCAAAAUGAGUCUUUGGAUCCGUUUUCACUCGCUGCCAAAUACUCACUUCGGUUUGUUGAGAUCCAUCCCUUUCAGGAUGGCAACGGACGAAUGUGUCGUAUCAUCCUUAACGCGAUCCUAUUUCGGUAUGUCGGUAUCUUCAUCCCAAUUGAGGUGACUGAGGAAGAAGUAAAUGAAUAUAUAAACAUCAAGAAGAAAGCGUCAAGGGAUACGGAAGGCCAUGGAGAGUAUGCUACGUUUGUUUUGAAGAAGAGUGUGAGAAGCAUACAGAAGUUGAAACAGAAGGUCAACGGGAAGAAAGCAGCAUAAAUAGUCCAGUCCGU